CCGGAGGUGCCAACUGCAAUUGGGCAGCGGGUAGGGCUUGAAAGCGGCACUGGUACCUUCUUCACUGAGAGGAAAUUAGAAAUUAGGUCAGACGGACUUGUUCCCAGCCUAAGAGCAUUCCGCCUAAACGGACAUUAACACGGGAGGUUGACAGCGCUCCUGCUGAGACACAGGAUGGCUGCACUGCGGCAUCUCAAGCAGUGCCACCCGAGGGGCAUUGCUAUCUCUCAGUUUCACACAAGCAGCCCUGCCUCUGCUAAACAGCAUUACAAAAUGCUUGUGCUGGGAGGAGGAACUGGCGGUAUCGCAAUGAGCUCCCGGAUGAAGAGGCUGGUGGGAGCAGAGAAUGUAGCUUUGGUGGAGCCCAGCGAGAUCCACUACUAUCAGCCAAUAUGGACCCUGGUUGGUGCUGGUGCAAAGACUGUAGCGUCCUCAAGCCGUCCCACUGCGAGUCUUAUGCCAUCUGGAGUGAAAUGGGUGAAAUCUAAGGUUCAGGAAAUUAACCCAGAGACAAAUACUGUACGCACAGAUGACGGGACUGAAAUCUCGUAUGAAUAUUUGAUUGUGGCGCUUGGUUUAGAGCUCCAUUAUGAGAAGAUCAAAGGACUCCCAGAGGGGUUUGAGCACCCAAAAAUUGGCUCUAACUACUCUGUCCAAACUGUGGAGAAAACGUGGAAAGCAUUGCAGGAUUUCAAAGAGGGCAAUGCUGUGUUCACUUUCCCAAAUACUCCUGUGAAAUGUGCUGGAGCGCCACAAAAGAUCAUGUACCUGUCAGACGCCUACCUCAGGAAGACGGGCAAAAGAGCAAAAGCCAAUGUGAUCUAUAACACAUCAUUGCCUGUGAUCUUUGGGGUAAAGAAAUACGCUGACUCACUGUGGGAGAUUGUGAAAAAGCGUGACCUACAGAUUAACCUGAGGCACAACCUGAUUGAAGUGCGCGCAGAUAAGCAAGAAGCUGUGUUUGAAAAUCUUGACAAACCAGGGGAAACCAAAGUUAUCGAGUAUGAAAUGCUUCAUGUUACACCGCCAAUGGGACCCAGCUCGGUGAUUAAAGGCAGUCCGCUGGCCGACAAGAUCGGCUGGUUGGAUCUGAACAAAGAAACUCUCCAACAUACCAAGUAUCCAAACGUGUUUGGGAUCGGAGACUGCACCAACCUUCCCACAUCCAAAACCGGAGCGGCUGUCGCGGCACAGUCUGCCGUCUUGAGCCGAACUAUCAGCAAAAUAUUGAAAAAAGAAAAACCAGAUAAGAAGUAUGAUGGGUAUACUUCAUGUCCCUUGGUCACAAGCUACAACACAGUAAUCCUGGCAGAGUUCGACUACAACGGACAACCGCUGGAAACGUUCCCCUUCAACCAAGCCAAGGAGAGGCGAUUAAUGUACCACAUGAAAGUAGAUGUGAUGCCUCACCUCUAUUGGCAUGGGCUUCUUAGGGGGCUGUGGGGCGGACCGGGACCUUACAGGAAAAUCAUGCAUCUUGGGAUGAAAUGAAACCUCAUCUUCAGUUUGAAUCUGAAAGGAAAUUCAUUGUGUAAUCAUCUACCCAAGGGUGCACACGCAUAUGGAUAAAGGAGUAAUGUGAAUGUUUUGAACAUCAUGAUUAAUCGGUCUCACAGAAAAGCUCAUUUAAGUAGCGUUUUUGAUAUUACUGUGGAAUUAAACGACUGGAAUGAUGGAGUGGGUCUAAACUGCUCAUAGAUCAGCUGUUUUUUUUUUUUUUUGUUUGUUUUUUGGGUUUUUUUGUUUUGGGGUUUGUUUUUGUUUUUUGUUUUAUUGGUACUUUUGACAGCCCAAUGAAUGGCCGGUCUAGAUGCUUUCAUAAGCCAGAGAUGGGGCUUUUAUAGGGACCGAGAACAAAAGUUUGUAGAACACUCUUACUCCACACCUCUGGUGUUUUGUUUUGUUGUUGUUUUGUUUUUUUCAGUUAUAGUUGGUCGGCAUUGGCAAAAUUUAUAUAGUGACAUUAAAAAACCAACUCUAAAUUCAGAUUAUUUCAGGGUAGCCUUUAAGCACAGCAUAUAAAUAUUACUCUUUCCCAGAUUGCUACAUUUAAAACCGUGCACAUGUGUACAGUUUAGUCAUUGUGCAUGAGAUGUGUUCAAGUCUUUGGCUUUAUUUAGAGUUUUAAACUAAUCAAGCUACCACACAUUGUGUAGGAUUUGCCAUUUGGGGUGUUUGAACAUUAACCUGCAGGCUACAACAAGUGCUUUUUCUUGCAUUUAGACGUCAGUGUCUGAAGUAGAGUUUUGUACAUGAUGAUUUUUAUUUUUUUUUUUAUUAGUUCUCAACUGAGGCGAAAACAUCUUGGUGGCUGUACAGUCAACGCUAGCUUCAUUGUAUUAAAACAAAAAAAAAAUCCUAUAAUCAUUAAAAUGACUGAAGCUUAUGAAACCUCACGUCAGACUGUUAUUGCAGGAUAAUAUGAAACAACAAAUGAAUUGUUUUGUUAUUGCAUUAAUUAUUACUUAAUAAAAUUACAGUAUUGGACUUUAA